GGGGCCUUGAAGUGUUCCCGAAAACAACACAAGCCUCCUGUUAGCUAAAUAGUUUUGUAGUCAUUUCAUAUAACCCGCAAAAACGAUUAUUCGACUAUGAACAGCAGACUUUUUCUAUUUAUGAUCUGUUGGCGGUGAAUUGCAUUACUUCAAGGAAAACCAACAACAAAGAAGCAAUCUAUGGCAUCCUGACCUGUAUAUGCACACAUACACAUGAGUGCUGAUUUCUCUCUGAGCUGGGCCCGGCGCCAUGCCUGACCGGGACAGUUCCUACCUGUCAGGUAGUGGUGGGAGUGGUGGCAGUCUGGUUGAGGAAGGAGGACCUGGGUCUGGUUUAUCAGGGAGUUCAGCAGACGGCCGUGGAGGCUCUGGCACAGGUGUUGGGGGAAACGUCUAUGGAUCAGGAGGCAUGGGUGGAGCAGGGGUGCCCGGAAACAGCAAUGGAUUUGGGAACAGCAGUGGUGGGGGGCAAAGUAUGGGACUGGCUUUGGAUGGCAUCUGCAGGGACUUCAUACGCAACGUCUGCAAGAGAGGGAAGCGAUGCCGCUUUAGACACCCAGACUUUAAUGAUGUUCCAGACUUGGGAGUGCAAAAGAACGAGUUUAUCUUCUGUCAUGACUACCAGAAUAAGGAGUGCAUGCGCUCCACCUGCCGCUUUGUUCAUGGAUCUAAAGAGGAUGAGGACUAUUACAAGAAAACGGGGGCGUUGCCCCCCAGACUGAGAGGAAGAGUCGCAGCACGACUUGGCCUCUCCCCAAUGGAUCUCCCUCUCAGCCGUGGGGAGGUUCCAAUCUGCAGAGACUUCCUGAAGGGGGAGUGCCUGAGAGGCAAUAAAUGUAAAUUUCGCCAUGUCCAAAAAGACUACGAAUAUGAGUCUUCAAGGGUUGGUGUGGGCAGUGUCGUGGGGCAGGGUGCCAGUGGGAUGGUGAAUGCAGGGGGAGGUAUAGGUGUAGGGGUAGGUGCUUAUGGAGGGAUGCAAGGACUUGUGGGAGGUGGAGGUAACAUGAUGGGGACAGGCUGCACUAACCUGGGCGGGUGCAGAGAUCCAGGUUUGUCAGCGGUUGGGGGGUUGGGUGGAGGUGGUAUGAGUGGUUGUCUGUCCAUUGGAUCGUCAGGACAACGACGUUAUGACAGAACCACGUACUCCUUGUACGACCCCCUGCUCGAGAGUGGCCUGUUUGAUGCUGGUUCUCUGGAAGCUUCCAUUGACCACACCGCCCUUCAGCUGAAGAGGCGAAGAUUGGAGGGCCUUCGUCUGACCGAUGGGAGCGGAGCUGGGCACUAUGAGUUGGGGGUUCAAGCUACACUCGCACCUCGGCCUCUGGAGUACAGAUUCCUCGAGGAAGAAAAUUCCCUGCUGAGGAAGAGAGUGGAAGAGUUGAAGAAGCAGGUUUCCAAUCUCAUCGCCACUAAUGAGGUUCUCCUGGAACAAAACGCCCAGUUCCGGAGUCAGGCCAAGGUGAUGACGCUGACCUCCACUCCUGCUCCCACUGAACAGAAUCUGGCGCCCCCUGUGGGUGCAGUGAGCUCCUACAACCACAGCAUCGCUCAGACUCACACCACUCUAAGCAGCGCAGGACUGCAGCCUCGGCCUGUCACUCAGCAAGACCUGGUAGCACCCACGGGUGCCCCUGCUGCACCACCGACUAACGCAGCCCCACCCACAGCGCCCCCACCACACCUCAACCCAGAGAUCACUCCUCUCUCAGCUGCCCUCGCGCAGACCAUUGCUCAAGGAAUGGCACCGCCUGUUUCCAUGGCGCAGGUGUCUGUGUCUGUGGCACCAGUGGCCGUGUCCAUGACGCAGCCUCUGCCUGGCAUUACCAUGAGUCACGCCACCACCCCCAUGGUGUCGUACCCCAUUGCAAGUCAAAGCAUGAGGAUGACGACCAUGCCUCACUGAAUAAUUGUUAAACUAUGGAGUCAGACUUUAAUAGACAGUUUUAACAUUAAAAGCUUUUUUGACGAUUUUGCAGUCAACUGAACAGAGAGAGCCGUGAGAUGUGGAAACUUUAUUUUUUUCUUAUUUGUCCCUAAAUCACACCAUUGUUUCUUUUUGCACUGUUACAAUUAUUAGUCUCCUGAACAUCAACAGUGAUAAAGAUCUGUGUGUAUCAGUGGGCUCUUUUCACCUCAGAAAGUCAACAAACUCCCAUGUGUGAAGUUUCUCGCAGUGUUACAAACUAUUCAGCAGGACUGCUGUGUGUCCAUGCUUGGGCAUAAAAAAAUCGUUUGAAUCAGUUUGUGUAUAUAUUUUUCUGGGUUGCUUUGUUAUAAAUUAACUUUG